AUGGUUGAGCCACUUAACACAGCCGCGACGGUUGUUGCGCUCGUUGGCAAUGCCCUUGUCCUAAGCCAGCAGGUCUACAGCAAAGCAAACGACAUCUCGAACGCUCCCAAACACAUCAAAGCUAUUUCAAUGGACCUAGAAGAUUUUUACACCAUUCUUGGGACUCUGAAAGGCUACUUAGACGAUGAUGACCUUUCGUCUGGUGUUUCGCACCAUGCGACGUCGGAGAAUCUUGAAAUGGCACUCAAAAAUUCAAUCACCAUCUUCAAGGACAUUAGUAAAGCCCUGGCGCUCUACAAUCCCCGCGAUGGGUCCGGAAAGAUCUCGCAAUGGCGAAAGAUUGAAUUCUCCUUUAUGAAGGAUGAGAUUGAGGCACUAAGGAACAGCCUUGCGGCUAAUAAGUUGACAUUGAACAUGGCUAUCUCUGUGGCAAACUUGUAA